GCGGAGCGGUGAGCCGGGCGUCGAGACGCUCCAGGAGCGCUGGCCGCUGGCCGGCAAAGGGCACCAGAAGAACAGAGCAGGAAGGACCGGGCCAGGUGGCCGCCGCACCUGUGCACGUGACCCACGCGGGCGCCGGGGCGGAGGCGCGCUCACCUGGGUCCACGUGACGGGGCGGGGCCCCGCCUGGCCGAAGACAGCGCUGCCACGCCCCCCUCCCGGGCGGCGCGCCCGGAGCCCGCGGACCCGAGCGGCGGCGGCGGCGGCGGCGGCGGCGGGAGCCCGGGAGGCGGAGGCAGGCGGAGGCGGGCGGAGGGAGGUGGCGGCGGCGCGCGGAGACGCAGUAGCGACAGCGGCAGCAUGUCGGCCGGCGGAGCGCCAGUCCCGCCGCCCGCGAACCCCGCCGUGUCCUUCCCGGCGCCACGGGUCACCCUGCCCGUCGGCCCCGACAUCCUGCGGACCUACUCGGGCGCCUUCGUCUGCCUGGAGAUUGUGCUUGGGGCACUCGUGUGGAUCCUGGUCGCCUCCUCCAAUGUUCCUCUACCUCUGCUGCAAGGAUGGGUCAUGUUUGUGUCUGUGACGGCUUUCAUCUGUUCCCUCCUCUUCCUGGGCGUGUUCCUCUCUGGCGUGGUGACUCAGAUUAAUGCCAACUGGAACUUCCUGGAUCUCGCUUACCAUUUUACAGUGUUCGUCUUCUACUUUGGAGCCUUUUUGCUGGAAGCAGCUGCCACAUCGCUGCACGAUCUACGUUGCAAUCGAACAAUGGCUGUGCAGCCGCUCUUGAACGAUAACCAGUAUAACAUCAACGUGGCAGCCACAAUUUUUGCCUUUGUGACGACAGCUUGUUACGGUUGCAGUUUGGGUCUGGCCUUACGACGAUGGCGACCGUAACACCCCUUACAAACUCGCUGCCUGUGUGUUAGUUUCAUUUGUGUACUUUUUUGUCUCAUCAAUUUGGAUACCAUUUUGUCCAGAUAUAACAACAUCCCCAAAGUAAUUUGUUUAGUAUAUGGAGAGAAUCUUAAGUAUGAGUUCUGGUUCAUUUCAUGGAUGGAAUUUUAAUUUCAGUAUGAUGUUAAACAGAGAAAUAGCCUUUAGUUUUACAUCUGUCUCUUUCUCUUUUUCUUAUUUUAAAGAAAAUUUCCCUUUACAUCCAUAAAAUACACAGAUAUUGUUCAUGAGAAAAAGGGGUAUCUCUUGUGUUUAGUUACUGAGUCACCUGAACCUUAAUUUUAAUAGGUAACUAAAACUCCUGAAGAAAAACACAUUUCAAAUAAACUUCCCACUGAACUCUGUGUGUUAGUGUAAAACAGAGAUCGACACUCUUAAAAGGUCCAGAUGGUAAAUAUUUUAGGCUUUGUGGGCCAUUCAGUCUCUGUCACAACUACUCACCUCUGCUGUUACUACAUGAAAGCACCAAUAGACAGUAAGUAAAUGAGUGAGUGUAGCUGUGUUCCAAUAAGUUUUUAUUUACAAAAACCGGCAGCGGCUGGAUUUGGCCUGCGGGCUGCAGGCUGUCGUUUGCGGACCUCUGGUGUAAAACCUUGGUUAUGGGUUCUGUAUUUUAUUGAACUGAUCCUGAAAGGUAUAAAGCGAAUUAGAGAAGCCACAUAGUAUUCAGUCUCAUGCAGUAAUUACAUUGCCUUUAGGUUAAUGGUCAAAUACUUACCCUUGAAGGGGCUAUAGUUUCUCAAGCUAAUUCAAGCAGAGUCUUGGGUACAGGAAAAAUGAAAUGAACCCUAGUUGCUUAAUCCACCUAAGUGUUUCCUAACAACUGAGCAAAAUGCUCAUCUGGCGUCCUUAAAAUGAGAGCCCCAGAGACCACUAACCACUCCUGGAACUGGUAUCUAGCUCCUGAUGUCUUACUGUGGGUUUAUUUAUGCUUCAAAUGCAGCUGUUUACCCUGUGCAUGAAUAUACAGAUAUUUAUGUGUGGAUAUGUGAGGCUUUACCCAGUAGAGCUCUCCAAAGGGUGAACUUUUUACUUCUAAUUCUUUUACAUGACUCUGAGUUAAAUUUGAACAGAGUACGAAAUAUAACUUCAAGUUGUAGAUCCUCACGUGUUUAGAGAACAGUCCUGACAUCUAUUGAAUAUGAAUAGCACAGAAAAGUAUUUUAACCCUCCUCAGAGACCCUGGUCGUGGUAACAUGCCAAAAAUGGCUUGAAGGGGAGAACAAGUCAGAGUUAGGCCCCCAGCUCACACCACCCGUCCAGACAAGAUACUUAUCUCUUGCCUCAAGAGGGCUAUACCUCUGGGAAAAGAGGGCUUUUGAAUAUUUUAUACUUUCAACCCUUUGCUUUUUGGCUAAAUCAUCCACUACAAGUGCCAUGUAUAAGCUGGGCUGUUAGAUUUCAUGGAACGUAGAACAAUCCUGAAUGAGUAGCAUAAUCAAUGCUCAAUGAUCAAAUCCUGUUUAUGUGAUAAUCCCUUAGAAAGAAGAAUCUGAUUAGGGUUUGGUUUGUGAUGUAACUACAGAGAUAAAAGGUAUAUUUACUAUGCGGCAAGAGGAUAUCAGUCUUGUGACUUUAUACUGAUGUCAUAGCUUUUCUAUAAUAUCCAACUUCCCUGGUUUUUCUAGCUCCAUGCCACACUCUUAACCCUGAAUUAUGAAUUGUAUAUUACAGAGUCAUAUAUGUGCCAUAAGGAUAUAUUGUCCAUUCCGACUAGAAUUGUUAAAAGUUAGUCUGCUAGAUUUAGUUGUGAGAUUGUAUUUUUGUUUCCAAGGUAUAACAGGUCCAUGCUUGGUGGCAUUAAAUUAAAUGAUCUCAUGAAACUGCUUUGGUGACACUUUUGUAAAUGGAUUGCUUCUAGAACAUUAAGAACCAAGCCUAAAACUCAUCUAACUGUGAAUACUUAGAAUUGUAAAUUAAUCACGAUCUAGAUUUGUGAGUUGACUGACAAAGCACUUGAACAAAAAUUACGGCAUUUGAGAAUUUCUUUAUAUAUCUUAGCUGUAAAAAUGAGGAAGCGUUGGUUGGUUUUAAAAUCUGGUAACUCCAUGAUGAAAAGAAAUUUAUUUUAUAAGUGUUAUGACUCUAAUAAAGUAUUCAUUUGAUAAUC